AUGAGUUCGAUAUUCUGCUGCCCCUCUAUACAUCCGUACCGCCCACAGAAGCUUGAUCACGAGGACAAAUUCGAGGCAUUCAUGCAGUGGACCAAGCUUGCAUCCUCUCCCACUCUGGACUUGGCCUCAGUACGGGCCGACACCGUUCCUUAUGCAGUUCAGCUUGUGAGGCAGGUCAACUUUGGGCCACAGGAGUCCAUCAGAUAUUUCGCGCCAGCGGGGACUGGCUCCCAGUUCGUGGAAGUUGCCGAAGGAGAUUUACUUGAUUGGAACUUUGAAAAACUGAAUUCGUACAAGAACUUCAGAUGUGAAAAACACAACAAGUUUUAUGAAGUCAAUCUUUACCAGAGGAAUCCUACUAUUUCGCAUCAUUGGCGGGUCAACCUCGCACGACCAUCCCGAGAUAUUGAUCUAGCUCUUCGAACGAAAGAGCAUCAAUCGAAGGAACUAAGUUUAGGGAACGAGAGUUCAGAAUAUAAGGCUGAUUUAAGCCAAGGCGAAGCAUCUGUUGAAAAACAACAUGACCCUAUAGCAAGAUCACUUGAGGUCAGCCAUCUCAGCUAA